AUGCUUAUGUCAGAAGGGCUCUCGAUGGACAUCUUUGCGCGUGAUUUUCUCCAGGGAUUGGACUCAACUACUCGUGUAAACUGGGGACUUGAAGGCCGCCUUUCGUCCGCUUUCACUUUGGCCAUGAUCGAGGGAUCCGUGACGCUAGAUCCAAUUUCGCAAGCUUUUCAGUACAACACGACCGCAACACUGUCACAGAUGCUAGAUAGUCUGACGAUGAGGCCAGCCGUUCCAAGCCUACUCCAUGAAAUUGAGUUGGUGUACGACUUAAAGUGGCCGAUGGGUUUCGUGAUCACCACGCAGUCGCUGGAAUAUUACAAGAAAAUGCACCGAUUCCUACUUCACGUGAGACUGACAUCAGUCGAAAUGCGAGAGACUUGGGAUCUACUGCGCUCCAUCCGUGCACAAGGACAGCUUUCUCCUUUACUUGAGCGGUUGUGCGGAGGCGUAGUAUACAAGAUGCAAUCGUUCCUUCGGGCAUUCAACGAAACUUUUGCAACAAAGGUGUUAAUGAUGGCGUGGUCAGAACUUGAGCAUGCAGUACACAAGGCAACACAAUUGGUAGAGCUGCGUCGCUGCCAUGAGGAUUAUGUAUCUGUUGCAACUCGCUGCUGCUUCCUGGACAGAUCCACACUUGCGAUCCGCUCAGCUUUUUUGGACACGCUAGCAGCAGCCUGGAGCUUGACCGGAUUCGUGCGGGCAUUAGAAAGACAAGUGACCGGGAGAGUUUCCGAAGAGACUCGCAUUCGAUCGUUGUGCUACGAGUUCGACGUUGCGCUCCGAGUUUUGGUUGGCAGUCUGCACAGCGUCACUCGUGAUGCAGAGCGAAACACACGCGAGUUGUCGGAGUGUAUCUUACUCCGGCUAAACUUCAAUCGAUUCUACCCUGAAGCAGCCAAAUUUUCAAAAGAAUAGGCGAUGUGUGUCCUUGAAAUGUAGACGACGCUGGCACAGAGGACACUUUCCACUGGCUCGAAUCGCUUGGUGGAUGCAGCAAGCACAGAAGAUGUGGCCACAUAAAGUGGAGGUCAUGUCUUCCAGUACGUCUAGACAGAUGCUGCACUUGAGUCGUCGCUUAAAUUCCUCCACCGUCUCACUGUUCUGUAUGCUGAUAUUGGUGGACUCUGCGCUUCUCAUCAUGUCUGUCAUGCGCUGGCGUUUAGGCUCUAGCAUUGUGUUGGCUCCUGGUCGUCGUCGCUUUCGAGGUAAAGGCGCCGGCUGCGAAACGCCCGAAGAAUCCAGAAUCUCGAUGAUUUCGCCGCUAUCUGCUGCGUUCUGCCCGCUGCCUUCGUCCUCAUCCGACGAGACAGUGAGAUCAAUCUCCUCGGGCUGAUUUACUGGGCCUGUGCCUGUAUCGUUAGGGUCGUGAACGUCUUGGAAAUACACCCUGCGGGGCAGAACGAAGUGGUUCUGAGUUCCCCAGUCCUCGUCCUCGUCAUUAAGCAGACUUUCCAUUGCGGCUCGAUUGGCCGUGGCGUUCCUGUUUCGGUUCUCUGUAUCUGCUCCACUACUACUGGGAUUGCUGGCUAUGCUGUUGUCCCCAGAGGUGCCGAAGCUCGAGGGCAUAAAGCGCCUAGGAA